AUGCGGGCACCAGCCCAACGUCCAGUGCCUCCACAGCCGCCGAACGUCGGCUCGAACGAGCACGACUCCCUCAAGUACCAUCUGCUGGGCCCUUCGCUCACCAAAGCCGGCCAGGACACGGUCGACCAGCAGAAGGUCUCGGAGAUCAUAUACAACGCGUCAAAAGGCUCCAAGUUCUUCAACAACGAGGAAGCCAAGGACAAGAACCUCACGGAGAAGAUUGCAAAGAUCUUGGCAAAGAAGGCCCGGCUGGAAAUGCUCGACCUCUCUGCAGAUCUACGUCGUGCAGAUGACUAUGUCGCAGCGCUGGAGCUCACUCGAGACCUGAGCCAGACGGUGGUGCAUCUCGACUGCGAUGCCUUUUACGCCGCGGUGGAGGAGCUGGACAGACCUGAGCUGAAAGCGGUUCCCAUGGCUGUGGGGAAAGGCGUGCUGACCACGUGCAACUACUAUGCCAGGAAGUUCGGGUGUCGCUCGGGCAUGGCUGGCUUUGUCGCUAUGAAGCUGUGCCCGCAGCUCGUUUGUGUGCCGCUGAACUUCUCCAAGUACAUGGCGAAAGCGCAGGAGGUUCGUGAAGUGUUGGCUUUGUACGAUCCCAACUUCGAAAGCGCUAGCUGCGACGAAGCUUACCUCAACAUUACACAGUACUGCGAGGAUCACCACAUGGGCCCGGAAGAGGUCGUCAGUCAACUACGAGCUGAGGUGUUCGAGAAGACUAAGAUCACUGUGUCUGCUGGAAUUGCCGCUAACGCAAAGUUGGCGAAGAUUGGUUCGAACAUUAACAAGCCCAACGGCCAGUUCUUCCUACCGAGCGACAGACAGACCAUCAUCGAGUUCAUGAAGACGAUGCCGACGCGAAAGGUCAACGGCAUUGGGCGUGUCUUCGAGCGCGAGCUCGAUGCGAUCGGUGUCAAGACCUGCGGCGACAUCUACGCGCAACGUGGCUACCUAGCCCAGCUCUUCGGCCAGAAGGGGUUCCAGUUUCUGAUGCAAUGCUACUUGGGCCUGGGACGCACCAAGAUCCAGCAAGCCGAAGAAUCUCAUCGCAAAAGCGUGGGCACCGAAACGACGUUCAGGGAACUUGGGUCACCUGAUGCUCUGCGCGAGAAGUUGCGGUGGGUCGCUGACGAACUUGAAGGUGAUCUGAAGCGCACCAAAUACAAGGGCAGGACGCUUUGCAUCAAGAUCAAGCUAGCCACCUACGAAGUCCACACGCGCCAAACCACGCCGCCGUUCGCAGUACAGCACGCGGACGAUCUGUACAAGUACAGCUUACCGAUGCUCGAAAAGCUGAUGAAGGAGAUCCCGAAUAUGAAGCUGCGACUUAUGGGCUUGAGAGUUACGCACAUCAUCAGCACCAAGAAGCCUGGGAUCGACUUCUUUGGGCGCAACAGACUGAACGGCAACACACCCACAAAGAAAAGGAUCAACCGAACUGGCGGAGAGUGGGAGAUAUGGCCUGAGCAGGACUUCGAAGAGGCGGCAGCGCAAGAGCGUAAUGACGAGAUGAAUGAGCUGGAGCAACUAUCGCAAGAAUACGCAAGAGCCCAGAUCAAGGAGGACACCGGAACAGCGAUUACACCUCCGACAGAACCGGUCGCAGACGAGCAAUGGACGUGUCCUAUCUGCACUCUUCUGCAGCCGCCUGAUGACAGCACCUUCAACGCGCACAUCGACUUCUGUCUGUCUCGCGAUACGAUCAAGGAAGCAGUCAAGUCCACAGCACCACCUCCUCCUCCUCCUCCACCGCUGCCAUCAUUUGACAGACAGCCUAGUGUCUCGAAGCCGGUGCAGAGGAAGGGUAAGAGAGCGCGUCCGAAGAACGAGUCGCAGCCUUCGGAGGAGCAGGCAAGAGAGAAGAGACGAGCGUUUUUCUCGACGCGAACGGGCUGA